UCAUACCAUUACCAGCAGCCCACUUGAGGUGACAAGUUUUAUUUGUAGCUAUUGAUACAAACAAUACAGGAUUGAAUUUAGAUUCCGAUCUUGAUAGAGAAAGGAAGGAGUUCGAGCAAGAAAGAACGGGGCGACCUGAGAUUCAAAAACACGAUAGUAAUCAUGACAAAAAUAUCAAACAUGAUCGUCUUUAUGGCAUUAGUAGUUGCUGCUACUAUGUUACAAAGCUCGUCGGGACAAGCUACACAUGUAGUUGGUGAUGCCUUGGGAUGGCUUGUACCGCCUGGUGGGGAAGUAGCGUAUCGGACUUGGGCAGCAUCCAGAACAUUCGUCGUCGGAGACAUACUUACGUUUAACUUCACCACAAGACAGCACGAUGUAGCCGAGGUGAAUAGGGCCGGUUUUGAUUCAUGCAAUGGCACGAGACCCAUCUCCAUGUCUACCAAUGGCCCAACAAACAUUACUUUGAGAUCUGCCGGGGAACAUUUCUUCAUUUGCACUUUUACAAGUCAUUGUGACUUUGGUCAGAAGUUAGCCAUCAAUGUCUCCGCUUCUUCAGCGGCUCCAACACCACAACCUACAACUCCACCACCAGCAACGACCCCUUCACCGAUAGCUACGCCCGCGGCUGCACCAUCCCCUUCUAGACCACCAACGACUUAUACCGUUGGAGAUAACCUUGGCUGGGUUGUCCCCCCUGGUGGUCCAAUCGCAUAUGAAACAUGGGCUAGAGGCAAGACAUUCAUGGUCGGAGACAUUCUAGUUUUUAACUUCAACAAUGGAGCACAUAAUGUAGCUGAGAUGAGGGAGGCAAGUUUUGACUCGUGCAACCGCUCGGCUGCCACCAACACCAUCACCACCAGCCCAGCUAGAAUCACCCUCACCACAGCCGGCGAACAUUUCUACAUUUGCACCUUCCCUCAGCACUGUUCAUUAGGCCAAAAGCUAGCCAUCAACGUCACGGGAGCCAACUCCGCCACACCUCCUUCAAGCUCGGCCCCUACACCUUCCUCCACCACCACCCCACCACCUAGCGCCACCACUCCUCCACCCAGUUCGGACAGUCCUACCACUCCCGGUAUUUCUACGUCACCAUCUCCUUUCAACGCUCCUCCUCCACCAGACAGCGCAGCGCCACCAUCUUUCCGUGUUGCAGCCUUGCCAUUCGCUUUGUUGUCCAUUGCCUUGGCUUUCUUGUAUUGAAUUAUAGUUGUACACAAUUUUGUGUGAUUCAUUUUUAUAUGAUUUUUACAUUAUUCUGGUUGUAUUGUACUGUUAUAUUAUCAUACUAAUAAAGAGAUUUUUGUAUUUCAUUUGUAA